CAGGAAAAUAAGAAAUUGAUCUCAUCCAGGAACUCUUCUAAGAUUCAGCGAAGCUCUAUUCCAAUCCUUUCAGUCCUUGCGCAGAAUACUAGUGAUCUGGCUUUUAAUGAAAAAGAAAUAUACAGUCCAGUAAUGAAGAGACAUCACUCCCUUGCAACUGGUGUAGCUGUGGCUACUCUUCAUGUAUGCUUUGGGAAUGAACUAAAGAAAUUUGUUUCCAGCGUCAAUGAGUUGACACCAGAUGCUGUACAGGUACUUAUAGCUGCAGACAAGUUGGAAAAAAAUCUUGUAAAGAUGGCAGUUGCAGAUGCCGAAGACAGUGAUGAUGGAGGAAAGGCACUAAUUCAAGAAAUGAUUCCUUUUGAGGCAGAAGCUGUAAUUUCGGACUUGGUAAAGUCGUGGGUAAGAACAAGGGUAGAGAGACUCAGAGAAUGGGUCGACAGAAAUCUGCAACAAGAGAUUUGGAAUCCUCAGGCAAAUCAAGAGCGGGUUGCUCCCUCUGGUGUGGAGACUUUGCGUGUUAUUGAUGAGACUUUAGAAGCAUUCUUCUUGUUGCCAAUUCCUAUGCAUCCUGCCUUGCUUCCCGAGUUGAUGAAUGGUCUUGAUCGGUGCAUGCAGAGCUACAUAUUGAAUGUUCAAUCUGGAUGUGGAUCUCCAAGUACUUUAACCCCAGCUAUGCCAGCAUUGACUAGCUGUGCCGCUGGAACAAAACAUGGUGUAUUCAAGAAGAAAGAAAAACCAAAUACGGUUCAGCAAAAAAACCUUCACUUCUCAGAUGUGGACAGUACUGAUCCCUUUGGAUUACCACAGUUAUGUGUCCGCAUCAAUACUUUGCAUGUCAUACGUAAGCAACUGGAUGUAUUGGAAAAGAGGACUAUUUUGCAGCUGAGAGACAGUGGAUGUGUUGUUGAUGAUGAUGAUGAUAAUGUGCCCAAUAGAUUGGGGAGAAGUUUUGAGCUUUCUAUAUCUGCUUGUGUGCAAGGUAUAAAGCAGCUUUCUGAAGCAGCUGCAUACAAAGUUGUCUUUCGUGAUCUGAGCCACGUGUUUUGGGAUUACCUCUAUGUGGGUAAUGUUUCAUCAUCCCGCAUUGAACCAUUCCUUCAAGAGCUUGAUCUAGUCUUGGAGUUCAUAUCAUCAACUGUUCAUGACAGAGUGCGGACCCGCGUGAUCACUGAUGUAAUGAAAGCAUCAUUUGAGGGGAUUUUGUUGAUUUUGCUUGCUGGCGAUCCUCCCCGUGCCUUUUCUGUUCAAGAUGCUGCCACAGUAGAGGAGGAUUUCAAGUUUCAUGUGGAUUUAUUCUGGUCUGACGGCCAUGGCCUUCAAGCUGAUCUAAUCGACAAACAUUCUGUAAACAUAAAAGGCAUUCUUCAUCUUCUUCAUACUGACACAGAGAGUCUCAUCACACAAUUCCAUCUUCUGAUUGAAGAUAAUUAUAAUCCCUCAGGCAAAACCGGCAAAACCAUGCUGCCAUUGCCUCCCACCACAGGUCACUGGAGCCCAACUGAGCCCAACACUGUUCUUCGUGUUCUGUGUCAUCGCAAUGACAAGGCUGCAACAAAGUUCAUCAAGAAGAACUACAACCUGCCAAAGAAACUCUAACAAAAUACUAUAUGUAUACAACAUACUCUUCCUCCCACAUUCAACAGGGAAGCACUAUCUUACUCUUGUAUAUGAUUUUAUAUUACGUAAUCUUGUUUUCAGAGAGAUAGGAACUUGAUGCUGAGAAAUCCAUCAGAGAACUGAAAGUCGGGCACCCUUCGGGCAGUUGGACCGUAAGGUGGCUUCAAGACUUCCAUGUAGUUCUACCGUGUGUGCUGAUGUGGCUGGACUGACCGGUAACACUGUUACUUUACGGCGAUGGAUUUCUUUUAUUACUUCCUACCAACUUAUUAAGUUAGUGUAAUGACUCAUGAGAUAUGGCACUUUUCUGUUUUGGUUGUUGUGUUAGUUUUUCAUGCACCUUAAACCUUGAUGUAUAUUGGCUUUUUUCUAAUAAUGGCUUAUUCAAAUA